UGUAUUUUGUCUCUUUAUGGUAGUUCGUUCUCUUAGCUUUUACGGAACAAAACAAUAUAAAUUUUUUAUUUGAAAAAGUAAAGAAAAUGCAAGAUUUUGUUGAAUUGUUGUAACUGAAACAAGUGCUAAAACAUCGUAGAACCAGCAAUGUCUCAAGAAAGUGCCAUCGUUUUCACCAUAUUCUACGCGCUGCUGUGCUUCUGCAUAGUGUACCCUUCGACGGAAUUCGUUUCCGCCGGUCUCACAGUGGACCAUGUCUUCUCGUCCACGCUCGGUUCGGAAGCGAUGAGUUUCGUGCAGCACCACAUCCGGCGGACCAGUCUGAAUCUGAUGGUGCACUCGCUCCUACCGGUCAUGUACAUCCGAGUGUACUUUAUGCAGUUCGAUCAGCAGAGCGCCGGAGGUACGGAUGGAGAACCGGAUCCGUAUUCUCCGUUGGCGCUGGUGUGGAAAGGGCUUAUCGUGGCUGCGGUUUUGCUGCCAGGACUGGUGGCCGGAGCCAUCUACUACUGGUCCCGGAAGGGAUGGGAGAAUCACCCCAUUGCCAAGAGGUUGGCGCUGUUCAGUGAUGGAAAUGGGCAAUUGCCGGAUUGGAAGGCCGUGGCGGCCAAUAUCAAUAGCGAGUACAGGAGGGAUGAUAAGGUGGUCAUAAGGAUGAAUCCCGUCUCGAGGGUUGUGGUGACCGAGAGCUGGAUCAUCAAGACGGGUCCCUAUUGGAUCAAUAUAGCCAAACAGGACGACACAGCGCUGAUUGCUUACAAGAGCGAUACCCAUGACGUGAGCCAGGAAGCGUUCGAAACGGUCCAGUACGUGAACAUUGCGGUCAAACCGACGCGCCCCGGAAUCCGGGAGUUCUCCAUCAGGAUCAAUGCCCUGGAUUUCAAGGAUCUACAGGACCGUAUCAAUCGUCCGAUAACGAUCCUGUCCAGCGUGAAGUUCCAUCGGUCCGUGCUGGAGCGAUUCGUGGACGUGUUCAAGGAGCAGGUGUCGCAUAAUCCGACCUACAGGUUGGAGAGCAACGCCGCCGUGGACAGUGCGGACAGUUGCUUUGCCUGUAUGCAGGCGCAGCCUAACAUAAAGAUUCAAAAGAACUGUUUGGACGUGGACGAAGCUGGGGUGCCAUUGCCCGAGGCCCAGUGCUGUCAGGUGUGCAAUUGUCGGCCGAUGUGGUGCAUCGAUUGUGUGGCCAAGUGGUUCGCCUCGCGGCAGAAUCAGUCGGAGCGGGAAUCGUGGCUACAGCAAAAGUGCACAUGUCCGAUGUGCCGGGCAAGGUUCUGCGUGUUGGACGUGUGCUACAUAGAGUAGGAUGAACGAGCACUGGACUACUGAACCUAAGAGGUAAUUGAACUUUAAGCGCUUCACUAUUUUUCGAGAAUGAAUUUAUGUGGCUUUUGUGUGUGAUAAAUCCUAUCGAAUACGAA